AUGAUGAUUAAGCCGUACGUGAGACAAGGGGAGGGAGAGGAGGUCGUCAGUCCUCUGCAGUGGAUGGACGGAGACAUGAGUUCACCUGAUGGAGACACAUCCGUCCCAUCUCACCGCUACAGAGCAGGAGGAGUGAUUCAGCAGGCCAGGGAGAUGGGCAGCGAGGAUGCAGAGGAAGACGAGGAGGACGUAGAGGAAGAACAGGAGGAUGAAAAUGAGUCCAAGCGCAGAGGCCCUAAGAAAAAGCGUAUGACCAAGGCCCGGCAGGAGCGUUUCCGUGCACGGCGUGUUAAAGCCAACGCCAGGGAGCGCUCACGUAUGCACGGCCUCAAUGAUGCACUGGAGAACCUGCGCACCAUCAUGCCCUGUCACUCCAAAACACAGAAACUGUCCAAGAUCGAGACGCUUCGACUGGCCCGCAACUACAUCUGCGCUCUGUCCGAGGCUCUGGAGGGGGGGCUGUCCACGGAGAGCAGAGCUUUCAUGGAGACGCUGUGUAAGGGCCUCUCACAACCCACAACCAACCUGGUUGCUGGCUGCUUACAGCUGGGACCGGCUUCUGGGGCUGGGAUGAGGCCUGAAGACAGACAGGGAGUUCGUCCUCCACCUCCUCCUCUGGGCGGCAUGGUGAGCUACUCCUCUCCAGGCCUGCCAAGUCCCCCAUACGGCACUUUCGACUCGGCUCACCUGCUUCACCUGAGGGCGAUGAAAGGAGGGCCAUACGAGAAUCACUCGCCAAACGAGUACAAUGCUGGUGGUGUGGGAACCCCUCCAUACGACGGACCCCCCACACCUCCUCUGAGCAUCAGCAGCAACCUGGUGCCCAAACAGGAGCCUUCGCCCCACUACCCACCUCCUCACCACUACUCCCCCUCCUCUGUGGACCAGGUCCUGUAUCAGACUCAGACCGGCUAUGACGUACACUUAGAGGGUCAAUAUGACUCGUACCAUCCACCACACAUGCCCCCCCGACAGAUAACCUCCGUCUACAGAGACUAA